AUGUCAAUUAUCAAAUUAUCAAACCAAGAUUUAAUCCAAACUAAACUAUUCAUCAAUGGUGAAUGGGUUUCAGGUUCUACAAAUCAAGAAUUCCCAGUUUUAGAUCCUUCAACAAAUCAAGAAUUAUUAAAAGUUUCAAUAGCAAAUGAAGAUGAUUAUAAUAAUGCAAUUGAUAUUGCUUAUGAUACUUUCCAAUCUUUCAAAAAGACAAAUCCAAGAGAUCGUUCAAAUAUGUUGAACAAAUUAUACCAUUCAAUGAUUAAUCAUAAAGAAGAUCUUGCCAAAAUUUUAUGUCAUGAAAAUGGUAAACCAUAUAAUGAAUGUAUUGGAGAAAUUACAAGUGCAGCAUCAUUUUUCCAAUGGUAUGCAGAAGAAGCACCAAGAAUGUAUGGAGAUGUUAUUCAAUCAGGUAUUUCCAAUAAAAAAAUCUUAACCCUUCGUCAACCAAUUGGUGUUGUUGGUAUUUUAACACCAUGGAAUUUCCCAGCUGCAAUGAUUACAAGAAAAUUAGGUGCAGCUUUAGCAGCUGGUUGUACUUCAAUUAUUAAACCUGCUAGUGCUACACCAUUAACUGCAAGUGCAAUUGCAUACUUGGGUCAUACUGAAGCUGGUAUUCCCAAGGGGGUUGUUAAUGUUUUACCAACAAAUUCUUCAAGUAAAAUUGGGAAAUUAGUUUGUGAACAUCCCAAAAUUAAAAAAAUUUCAUUUACAGGUUCAACAGGGGUUGGUAAAACUUUACAAAGUCAUGCUGCAUCAACUUUGAAAAAAGCAAGUUUUGAAUUAGGUGGGAAUGCCCCUUUUAUUGUUUUCCAGGAUGCAGAUUUAGAUAAAGCUUUAGAAGGUUUAAAAAUUUGUAAAUUUAGACAAAGUGGACAAACUUGUGUUUGUGCAAAUAGAAUAUUUGUUCAUGAAUCCAUAUAUGAUGAAUUUUUAUCCAAAGCUUUAGAAAUUGUUAAAGGUUUUAAAUUAGGUAAAGGUUAUGAUUCAGAUACUACACAUGGUCCAUUAAUUAAUAAAGCUGCUGUUCAGAAAAUGGAUGAAUUAGUUAAAGAUGCAGUUUCAAAAGGUGCCAAAAUUGAAAUUGGUGGGUCUCCAAUUACACAAGGUCCUCUUUCAUCAGGUAAUUUUUUCCAACCAACAAUCUUGACAAACCUAAAAGAAAAUAUGGAUAUUUGGGAAGAAGAAAUUUUUGGACCAAUUGCACCAUUCAUACCAUUUUCCUCAGAGGAACAAGUUAUUAAUUGGAAUAAUAAAAUUGAUGUUGGUCUUGCAGGAUAUUAUUAUACCCAGGAUAUUAAUAAAUUAUUUAAAAUUUCUGAAGAUUUAGAAAUUGGUAUGAUUGGUAUUAAUACUGGUGCCCUGAGUGAAGCUGCUUUACCAUUUGGUGGUGUUAAAAAAAGUGGAUUUGGUAGAGAAGGUAGUAAAUAUGGUAUUGAAGAUUAUACAGUUAUUAAAUCAUUGGUUUUGGGCUGA